AUGGCUGUUGAUUGGACAACUAAAGAAAAAAUUGUUUUAAUAUCGGAUAUACUUGAAUAUGGUGAUCAACCAGAAAGUUGGUCAUCAAUAUCAAAUGAUCUUUCACGAACAUUUCAAACAAAUAUUAUUCUAUCACAAACAAAAAGAGAAGGACGUUAUUCGAUUAAAAAUUGUAAACAAGAAUAUAAACAUCUUGUUAAUCGUUAUAAAUCUCAAUGGAUUGAACAUGGAUCAUCAAAUAAUUUAAAAUUACCUUUAGCCAAAUAUAUUUGGAUACAAUUAAAAUCUAUUUAUCAAACAGAAUUAACACAUCAAUUAAAUGAAAGUAGAAAAAAAUUAACUGAAUUUUGUCUUAGACUUGAAUCAGCAGUUAAUAUUAAAUCUAAUACAAUCGAACCAACACCGCCAUCAUCAACUACAGAGAUAACAACCCCUGUUGUUAAUCCUCAAGAAAAUGAACCACAAGAAGAAAAAACUCCAACAAUCGAAAGUAUUUCUCAGCCAAUCAAAACAGAACCAGAUAUACCACCGAGUGAACCUAUAGAAUCAACUUUACCCAGUGAAGCAACUCCUGCUCCAAUGAUAUUCGAGAAUUCAAAAGAACAAACUCCUAUUCCUACUCCUACAAUUAUUGAUGAACCACAAAUAAAUGAAGAUAUACAAAAUGAAAUUUCUAAUGAAACUAUACUUAAUGAAACAAAUUAUCAAGCAUCAACUACAAAUUCACCAAAUCCAAAACAAAAUCAACCGAUUAUUGAAGAAGAUAUUUCAGAACAAACACCAAUAGAAUCUCCUUCACAAAAUCUUUCAUCCGAUCAACAACCAUCCAUAUCUCAAACAACAAUUUCUAUUCCUUCUUUAAUACCUUCAACAAGAGCAGAAUCAAUUUCAUCAUCAAGAUCAACAUCACGAACAAGUUCUGAAACAAAAACAGAUGUUGUUAAAAUAAUUCCAACAACAACAACAACAACAACACAAAAAUAUCAUGUUUAUUUUUCUCCAAAAAAUUCUAUUAAUAAUAAUAUUGGAACAAAUAAAACUAAAAUAAAACGAAAAACGAUUGAUGAAAUAAAAGAUGAAAAUGAAAUUGAAUCAACAAAUCAACCAGAUAUAUCAUCAUCAUCAACAACAACAACAACAACAACAAUAACAACAACAACAGACCAAUCAAAAGUACCAUCAUCAACUGCUCCAAUGACUCGUCGUUCAAUAAAUACACGUUCAUUACCAAAUACUGCUGCUGAACAAGAAGAAGAAAAAUUAAGAAGAUUUUCAUUGAUGCUUUCUGAAAAUCCAAAUAGUUGGGAAUCACAAUCAAUGGCUAUUAUUCAAUUUAUUCUCGCACAUAAACAAGGAUAUUUAUUUGAACAUGAAAUAACCGAAGAAAUUGCACCAAAAUAUCAUCAAUAUGUUCGACAUCCAAUAGCUCUUGAUACAAUUCGAAAAACACUUGAAUCUAAUGGAUAUCAAACAAAAGAACAUUUUAAACGUGAUAUUUAUUUAAUGUUAUACAAUGCUAUGAAAUAUAAUCCACGUUAUCAUCAUGUUCAUCGAUCAGCUAAACAUAUUUUCAAUACAACAGUUUCUCUUUUUAAUUUAUCAGCACAAGAAAUUCAUGGACAAAUAACAACAAAAAGUAAUUUAUCAUUACCGACUACUACGAAUGAUAUUCCACUUGCUAAACGGAAACGAACGAAAUGA